AUGGAAGAAACCCUCGAACUCUACGAAGUCCAGCAUUCCGAUCUCAUUAGCCUGUCUUCCGACCAAAAGACGGCGACAAUGGAGGAACCCCAGCGACUUGAAAUAGUUUCUAAAUCGAUAAUGCAAAACCUAGGGCGCGACGGGCCGGGCCUUCUGUCCAUCGUCGGCGUCCCCAACGCCCAAAUUCUAGCCCGAAAGCUCCUUCCCUUGGCCCGCAAGCUCGCCCUUCUGAACAAUGAUGAACGGAAAAAGAUUCUCAAGGAUCAUAAUCUGGGUAGCGAUGUUUCGUUGAAAAAUCUCGAUCGAAUCGUGUCGUCUUUCGCGACUCAACUGAAGUACGAUCAAGAUUCAAACUUUAAACCCAAGUGUGAAGAAAAACUUUCUGCCGGUAUCAAUGGUGGAGGAGAAUUCGAGGAUCUAGGGUUUGUAUUUCGGGAAUUAGGGUUUUGUAUGAUGCAAUUGGGGCUUUCUCUUGCCCGAGCUUGUGAUAAAUCGAUCGGUGGCCGUGAGCUCGAGCAAAGCUUGAUACAAUCCGGCUCGGCCAAAGGCCGUCUGAUACACUAUCAUUCAGUUUCUGAUAAUACCGCCAUUAAACAAGCAGCAAACAAGAAAAAUCAAGCUAAAACUGGUAACUUGAACUUGUGGCAGCAAUGGCAUUACGAUUAUGGGAUAUUCACGAUGCUGACUUCGCCUAUGUUUAUUCAGUCGAGCGGAAAAACGGAGCAGGAAUGUGAAUCUCCAAACGGGCACUCGUACUUGCAAAUAUUUCAUCCGGACACCAAGCGUGUCCUUAAGGUAAAAGCCUCUGUUGGGAGUUUUCUUGUCCAAGUUGGUGAAUCGGCAGAUGUAAUUUCAAAAGGAGCUCUUCGAGCCACGCUUCACAGUGUUUGCCGGCCGGUGGGGAUGGAAGAUUUGAGCCGGGAGACUUUUGUCGUGUUUUUACAGCCGGCUUGGAACAAGAUUUUUUCACUUUCCGAGUAUGAGUAUCCUAAUCCGCCGUUUGGGAAUCGGGAUUCGGAGUCGUGUGAUGAGGAGGAUAAGGCACUUAUUAGUGCUGAGAUUGUGCCUCCUCUGUUUUCACGCUUGAGCAGCCGGCGGCUCGAAGAAAUAGAGACAAGUGACUGA